CCAGAACAAACCCAAGUAUACUAGGAACCAGUCGCUGUUAUAUCAACAUGCCUUCCAACCAGAUGAGCAAGUCGGAUGCUUCCCGCAUCCAGUCCACCCAAGCCCAUGGUGGAAAAGAUAUGAGCUCUGGUGGCUUUGCUGCUCGAGCUCAAGGAGCUGCCGAUCGCAAUGCCAACGCUGCAGCAUCCAGCACCCGUUCCUCUCAGGGCCCGUCAUCGGGAACGCACCAAAGUGGCCAGCAGUCCACGCCCGGAAAGAGAUGAGCUCGUGAAGUAGCACAAGAUCUCACAAUUUCGUAUGGCC